GAUUCCCAUAAUAAUCCACUAAACGCGUACGCGAAAACUACACCGUUUUAACAUGACCUAAGAUCAGACCUAUAUAAAUAACACUACCCUUCUUCUCAUUCUCUUACACAUUUCUCUCUAAGUGAUCAGACGAGUUAAAACAACAACAACAGAUAAUCAAACAAUGGCCCUCUUCUCCGCCGCGCUUCCUCUCCUCCUCCUCUUCCUCUUUGUUUCCUCUCUUUCUGUUAACGGAAACACUGCACAGUCCGUCGAAUGCUCCGCCAUGAUAAUGACCUUGACGAAGUGUUUGCCUUUCGUGACGAUCGGUAGUCAAGUGGAGAAGCCCGAGACCGCGUGUUGCUCUGUUAUCAAAACCGUGCUCGACACGAAAGCUGAAUGUCUGUGCGAAGGGUUGAAGAGCAGUGCCGCCGCGGGAAUCAAUCUGAACCUCACUAAAGCCGGUACUCUUCCCGAUGCUUGCCAACUCAAAGCUCCUCCCAUGCCUGCUUGUGCAUUGUUUGCUAAACCCCCUGCUAGUGCGCCAGCUCCAGUUCCUGCUGCUAGACCACUAAAUGGAUCGGGACCAGGUUCAAAUUCUGCUCCAGCUCCAAGCCCUUCUCAUAGUAACCAUGGAUCUUCAAUCUCUGUCUUGUCACUUGCAAUCAGCGGCGCAUUGGUCAUAAUGUUCACCCGUAUCUAACACCCCUAUCAUUUUUAGUUAAGAGUUUGCUUUUAUCUUGUGAGUAACUAUGGAGUUCUCUUGUUGAGACCGCUUAUUUUUAGUUAUGACAUUAUAAAGACUUGGUUAUAAUGUGUGCUCUGUCACACAUCCUUCAUUUUUAUUAUUUGAAUUGAGCGAUUAUUAUUUA